AUGAAAUCGGCAGAGGUGAGAGACACCAAGGGGGAGACUCGGGCUCAGGGACGUGUCCGAGCUGACACUGUUACCUCAGUGAGAAGGAAACACUCGCUCUUCUUCCUCCAGAUGUGCUUGGGCCCAACGGAGGCCUGCGAUGUGGCUCCAGGGACCUGCCAAGACGACCAGGCGACGGGCGGCUGCCUCUCCGUGGCAGAAGAAAUUUCCCUGGAUGGAAGAACGCAGACGUUCUUCUCCAAGCAAUGUCUCAGCGGCUACAACAGUCACAUGAAAGUCCCCUUCUCUUUCACCGUGGGGAACGGCCAGUACGUGAGGAUCAACGUCCUACAAUGCAACACAGAUUUGUGCAACUCAGCCACACCUCAAGUGUCCCCAGACACCACCCCGAACGGGCGGCAGUGCCCAACCUGCUUUGCUCUGGGCUCCGCUGCCUGCAACAGUGUAAUCACCCCCUGCACAGGGCUGGAGACCUAUUGCCUGGAUUACACUGGAGAUCUGAACCAAGGUAAAUUUUGCCAGCUGGUCGCAGGGCGGGGGGUGCCUGGGAAUGUCCCGCCCGAAGAGAUCCCUGAGAGCUGGUGGGACCCGGAGUCUGUGCAGAGCCCUGGGCGGGUGGGGCUGCCAGAGGGGUUUUAGACAGAGGAGAGGAGAGAGGAAUUGGGACGUUCCCCUCCCACCCCAGCUCCCCCCGCAGGGAUGCCGCCCUACUCCUGGGUUUGUGACUGUGAAGUACUUGCCACGGGAAGAGUUGUGAUGUCAGGGACGCAGAGCUGGGGAGAGGGCCCAGGAGCGCUGGCUCCUCCCGCUUCAAACUGCUGUAACCACUAAACCCCACUGCCUUUGUGUUCAUUGUGGAGCUAAGCUGCUCUGAGGCAGCUCCUGCUCUCAGUGUGGCCCAAGGCUCCUGGCGCUCUGGGAUGUUUAUAAAAUAACUGAACCGAGCGGGGGGCUGCCGGGGACGGGGGAGCC